AUGGCUAAUUCGAAGUCCGGCAGCUGCCUUCUGUGUUCGGAAGUGGACACAAACGAAAUGGUCCAAUGUGACCAGUGCGACGGAUGGGCGCAUUACGGUUGUGCUGGAGUGAAUGAUACGGUAAAGGAUCACCCGUGGAGCUGUCCGAAGUGCAGCAACUUUCUGCAAGUACCCAAAAAGAAAGGUGCUGCUGUCGCAACGUCGAAAAAGACCUCCACGGAUGGAAAGAAGACAAGUUCGAAGGGAGAAACUGGCUCGGUGAGUAGUGCUGUUUUGACAAUCGAAGAAUCUUUGCGAAAGAUGCAAGAAGAGAUGGAUGCCAAGGAGAAGGCCUUGGAGAACGAGCGCAUUCUACGUAGGAAACGGCUCGAAAUGGAACGUGCGAUGAAGGAGAAGGAAUUAAGCCUGGAGAGAGAACUCCGCCAAAUGGAAUUGGACCAAGAGCGGGAGUUACGGGCAGAUCAGCUGAAACAGGAGCAGGAAUUGCUGAACCAGCGCCUAAAGGAAGAGGAAGAGUUUCUCAAAAGGCGAAACAAGCUGCGUGAACAGUUCAAAAAUGCAAAAAAGGUACUGGUUGAAAACUACGGCGGUACGGGUCGUGAAAAGGAAGAAGAUCAAAAAGAGGAUGGAGAUGAAGAAGAAGGCGCUGUUGGUGGAAUUCCGGAUGAAGAAGAAGAGGAAGACUUUUAUCGGAAGGUAGAGGAUUGGCUCGAUAACCAGAAGCUUCAACAGAAACCUGUGGUGUCUGGUGCCAAGGCAAAAAAGGUGCCCUUGCCCCCUCCCACUUUACCGAAAAACCCGAGUGCAAAUCGUCACAAUAUUCCAAAUAAUGAGGAUCCGUUCGGACGAUUGACUCUCGAUGAACGGAACUUAUUAGAAGGGCUAUUGAAUCGUACACGAAACGUGUCGAGGCAGGAACCGGUAGGGCUCUCCCAAGCGCAAAUAUCCGCUCGACAGUCCAUUUCCAAGCAGUUACCGGUGUUUAGGGGCGAGACUGAACUCUGGCCGAUUUUCAUCAGUAGCUAUGAGUAUACCACCGAAGCGUGUGGAUUUUCUAACCUGGACAAUUUGAAGCGCCUGCAGGACAGCCUAAAAGGGGAUGCUCUAGAAGCCGUGAGAAGUCGGUUGGUCCUCCCUGACUCGGUUCCCGAUGUAAUCCGCGAUCUCCGGAAUUUGUUCGGGAGGCCUGAGAAGCUUUUAAAAACGCUGCUGAUGAAGGUGCGCCAGGCUAAGUUACCAAGAGAUGACCGUUUAGAAACAUUCAUACAUUUCGGUAUAACGGUCAAGCAGCUCUGCGACCACUUAGAAGCUGCAAAGCUCGUGGAUCAUUUGAGCAACCCCAUGUUGGUCCAAGAGCUUGUGGAUAAGCUCCCUCCAAACUACAAGCUGGAUUGGGUCCGCUACAAACGGAACCAAGUCGGCACUCCGUUAAGGAUAUUUACCGAAUUCAUGAACGGUAUUGUUUCCGAUGUCUCCGAGGUCAGUGAAUUCUCCACUCACGAUCUUCACGAUCACAGUGAACGUUCCGCGCGAGCGAAGCAGAACAAGAAGGAGUUUGUCCACGUCCACCACUCCUUCCCCGGCAAAAGGGAAACGACGCCGAAUGUGAAAAGUGAAAAGCCGUGCUGGGUGUGUAAGAGGACUGAUCACAAGAUCAGAUUUUGCGAUGACUUCCGAAAAUUAAACAUCGCAGAACGUCUGAAGCUGGUCGAAAGGUUCAAGAUGUGUGAACUGUGCCUUAAUAACCAUGGAAAGAGCCGCUGCAACUUUAAGAUUCGCUGCAACGUAGGAGACUGUCAAGGAGGACAUAAUCCGUUUUUGCACCGAUCCGAAGAAAUUGUUCAGAUAAUGGAGGUCCAGUGUAACGCUCACAACCGCCUAAAUCGCUCCGUGUUGUUUAGGAUGCUACCGGUUACGCUUCACGUCGGGAACCGAGGACUGGAUAUCCUUGCAUUUUUGGAUGAGGGGUCCUCCAUUACCCUGGUAGAGGAUUCUAUCGCCAACAAGUUGAAGAUCAACGGAACAGCUGAGCCGUUAGUCGUCACGUGGACUGGAAACAUGAAGCGCUUCGAGAGCGGUUCUCGGAAAGUGGAUCUGAUGGUAUCCGCUAGAGGCUCAACCGAGCAGUUCCCGCUACGAGAAGCUCGCACCGUUGCGGAACUCAUUUUGCCUAAACAGGAGAUGCAAUUCCGCGAGAUCGCGGCACGCUAUCCCCACUUACAGGGCCUGCCGGUUGAGGAUUAUGACGCAGAAGAACCGAAAAUGAUGAUCGGGUUGGACAACAUGCACGUAUUCGCUCCGCUCGAAUCUAGGAUUGGUAGACCGGGCGAGCCUAUCGGUGUUCGGUCGCAAUUAGGCUGGACAGUCUACGGACAGGAGAACCAGUGUUCGUUGUCGAAUGCGGUGGUGAAUUUUCACGCAGUGGAGCCAGUGAGCAACCAGGCGUUGCACGAUAUGAUUCGCAGCCAAUACGUGAUGGAGGAAGCGGGAGUUACACCGGCCGGAAUUCCGGAGUCGGCCGAAAACGAACGUGCUCGUGAGAUUCUUCAAAGUACGACGGUUCGUGUUGGAUGUCGUUUCGAGACAGGGCUCCUGUGGCGCGAUGACGAGCGGAAGUUCCCUGACAGCUAUCCGAUGGCUGUGCGCAGGAUGCAAGCAUUGGAGAGGAAGCUGUUAAAAAACGAGGCGUUGCGGCAGAAUGUGGAGAAGCAGAUCACCGACUAUCAAUUGAAGGGUUACGCGCACAUUGCUACGCCGGCUGAACUCGUCGACACCGAUCCAGCAGCGGUAUGGUAUCUACCCCUUAACGUUGUGACGAACCCUAAGAAGCCGGGAAAGGUGCGCCUUGUGUGGGACGCAGCUGCAACAGUAAACGGCGUUUCCCUGAAUACAGAACUGUUAAAGGGGCCUGACAUGCUGACGUCUCUCCCGGCAGUAAUUCAACGCUUUCGUGAGCGUAGCGUCGGGUUUGGUGGUGACAUACAGGAAAUGUACCACCAGAUCCGGAUCAGAGCGGAGGAUAAACAGGCGCAACGGUUCCUGUAUCGUCCUUCAAGUAACGACAAACCGCAGGUGUUCGUCAUGGACGUGGCGACUUUCGGAUCGACUUGCUCACCUUGCUCUGCGCAAUUCAUCAAGAACUUAAACGCAGAGGAGCACGCGGAGCAGUAUCCGGAAGCGGCGGUAGCGAUUGUGAAAAACCAUUACGUCGACGACUAUUUCGACAGUCUAGACACGGCUGAGGAGGCAAUUAGGAGAGCCCAGGAGGUGAAAGCUAUCCAUUCCCGUGGCGGUUUCAACAUCCGAAACUGGGUCUCAAAUUCGUCGGAGUUUCUGCGAGAGAUGGGAGAGCAACGCGACAACAGCGCGGUUCUCUUUCAUCAGGACAAGCAAGCCGAAACAGAACGGGUGCUCGGGAUCGUCUGGGAUUCUAAAGAAGAUGAGUUUUCCUUCUCCACCAUCACCAAUGCAGGAUUCCAGCUGAAGAUCUCAGGCGAAGUGCGGCCAACGAAAAGGAACGUUCUCAGCUGCGUCAUGGCGAUGUUCGAUCCGUUGGGCCUACUAGCACCGUUCACGAUAUCCGGAAAAAUGUUGAUUCAAGACUUGUGGAGGACCGGGUGUGAAUGGGAUAAGCAAAUCGACUACGAAUCGAUGGAGAAAUGGAUGCGGUGGGUUGAGUUGCUGCCGACGAUUGCGGAGAUCAGGAUUCCGCGAAGCUAUUUCGGGAAAGCGCACUCUCAACAAGUGAAAGACGUGCAGCUUCAUAUCUUCACCGAUGCUGGAGAGAAGGCGUACGGGUGCGUAGGAUAUUUCCGUGCCAUCGUCAACGAAGAGAUCGUUUGUGUGCAGGUGAUGAGUCGUACCAAGGUUGCCCCGCUGAAGCAACUGAGUAUUCCACGGCUAGAACUGCAGGCCGCAGUGCUGGGCGCCAGGUUAGUGCGCACCGUUCAAGAGAGCCACAGUUACAAGAUCCAGCAAACGUUCCUCUGGACCGAUUCGCGGACGGUCUUGUCUUGGAUUAGAUCGGAUCAACGGAGGUAUAAGCCAUUCGUCGGGUUUCGCAUUGGAGAAAUCCUCAGCCGUACGAAUCUGUCCGAUUGGCGUUGGACACCGACGAAACUAAACGAGGCAGACAGACUUACGAAGUGGAGGCGUGAUGCAGAGUUGGAAUCGAACAGUAGCUGGUUCAAAGGGCCCAGUUUUUUGUACCAAGACGAGGCGAACUGGCCGCAGCAGACUGCGCCGGCCAACACGAAAGAAGAGCUCCGGGCGCAGUUCCUGUUUCACGACGUGGUUGUGCAGGACACUCUGGUCGACGUUCAUCGGUUCUCCAAAUGGAACGUGCGGAUGAAAGGCGAUCCGAUCAAAACCUUGAAGGCGACGAAGAACCAGGCGAAGUCGUUGAUGUCGGUGAGGUGGUCAGCAGUACGUACACCGUUGAAGCAGGAGGAAUUCCAGCAGGCGGAGCGGUAUCUAUUACGAGCGGUUCAGGCCGAAGCGUUCGGGGAUGAGUUGAAAACCUUGAUGAAGAAUCGAAACAGACCUACGAGUGAGUGGAUAGUCUUGGAGAAGUCCAGCCCACUGUACAAGUUGACGCCGCUGGUCGACGAAAACGACGUGAUUCGGAUGGAAGGACGUACGGAGAAAGCCGAAUUCUUACCAUUCGAUUUGCGCUUUCCGGUGAUUCUACCGAGAGACCACCAUGUGAUGGAGUUGAUCGUGCAGCACUACCACGAACGCUUCGGGCACGGUUAUCGAGAAACGGUUAAAAACGAGAUACGGCAGCGGUUCUACAUUCCAAAGGUCGGUACGGUGGUGUACAAAGUAUCGAAGGCGUGUCAGUGGUGUAAGGUUCAUCAUAGUCGUCCACGGGUCCCGAGGAUGGCAGCUUUACCGGUACAGCGUUUGCAACCCUAUCGACGACCGUUCAGUUUCACCGGAAUAGACUACCUCGGCCCAGUUAACGUUACGGUAGCGCGUCAUAGCAAAAAGCGCUGGAUAGCCGUGUUCACCUGCUUCGUGACGCGCGCUGUUCACCUAGAAGUGAGUGCUAGCCUGACCACACAGUCGUGUUUGAUGGCUAUUCGUCGCUUCAUACAUCGUAGAGGGCCACCGCAAGAGUUCUUCUCCGACAACGGGACUAACCUGAAAGGUGCAAGCAAGGAGCUGACAGGGAGGAUCAACGAUAUCAACAGCGACUGCGCGGACGAGUUAACCGACGCGCGGAUGCAGUGGUCAUUCAACCCACCAGCUGCCCCCCACAUGGGUGGGGUAUGGGAGCGAUUGGUCAGAUCGGUUAAGGAGGCGUUGGAAGCAUUGAACGACGGGAAGAGGUUGACAGAUGAAAUUCUACACAUGUCAGUAACAGCAGCAGAAGAUAUGAUUAACUCGAGGCCGCUGGUGUACGUUUCGCAAGAGACAAUUGAGGCAGAAGCACUCAGUCCGAACCACUUUCUGCGAGGUGUUUCGCCGAACGAGCCACAGAUGGUUCCCCCUCCACCGCACCCUGCUGAAGUGUUGCGGGAUGCAUAUAAGCGUUCGCAGGAGUUGGCGCAGGAGAUGUGGGGCCGAUGGAUCAAGGAGUACGUGUCGGCGUUGAACCAGCGGUCGAAAUGGCACGGUGAAGCGAGAGUGCUGAAGAAAGGCGACCUAGUCUACGUAGUCGGGGGGUCCAAGCGAAGAUCCUGGGUACGUGGAAGAAUCGAGGAGGUCAUCCCGGCGAGUGACGGCCGCGUACGGCAGGCCUUGGUCCGGACGAGCAGUGGUUUGUUUCGGCGAGCUGUGGCGCAGUUGGCUGUGAUCGAGGUUGGCGAAGAAGAUGGUGGUAAAGCCAGACCGGAAGUGGCCUCUGGACUAGGUUUACGGGCCGGGGAAAUGUUGGGAGCACUGCACUAA